UAAUCCUGCCAAAAAAAAAAAAAAAAGAAAGAACAAGGUUCAACCGUUCAAGAGAAUUGAAAUUUGUCUCUCUUCGAUCCUUUCUUUCGUUGCAUCCUUUGUUCUCAGUCGCACUUCUAAAGCUCCCGAAUCUCCGCCGACUGUGUGGCUGAGACAGGAACAGGCAGCAUCGCAUCUUCCUAUCUCCGGCGACGGUGAUUCUGUCUUCCAGCGGCGCAGCGACCUUCGUCAAUUUGAAACCUCUCGAGAGAGGGUUGUGGUUAUAUAUUAGUCUGGUUCUAUCUGUAGAGGUUAUCAUGGAUGUGGAGUGGUCUGAAUCGCGGUACGAGGCCCGUGAAGGUAAAAAUGAUAAAGAUGAUUCUCCGGUGAGAGAGCAAUAUGAUGAUGAUUUGGAUGAGAAGUCAAGCAAGCACAGAAGUAAGGAUAGGAAGAAGAGUAGCCGAGGAGAUGAGAAGGAACAUCAUCGAAGUAAAGACAGGGAACAUCCAAAGAGGACUACCGACGAGGCGAGAGAGGUAGAGAAGGACAGAGUGGCUGGCAGGGAACGGAAGAAGGAGGAUAGGGACGAGCGCGAGAAGGACAGGGGAAAAGAUAGUAAGGCUAGGGACAAAGAUUAUGAUAGAGAGAAGUAUAGGGAGAAAGAGCGCGAGAGGGACAGGGAUAAGAAGGACAGGAGUAAGGAUAAAGAAAAAGAUCGUGAGGCAGAGAAAGAGAGUGAUCGGGCACGGGAGAAGGAAAAGGGAAAAGAGAAGAGUAGGGAUAGGGAUAGAGAAAGGGACAAGGCGAAGGAGAGGGAGCGCGAGAAGCAUAGGGAUCGAGAGAAGGAGAGGGAAAGCUAUAGAGAUAAUGGAGACAAGGAUAAGGGGAAGGAUAAAAUUAGAGAGAAGGAGAGGGAUACAGAUCGAGAUAAUAAGGAAAGGUCAAGAGAUAGAGGAAGUAGAAAGACUCACGAGGAUGAUUAUGAAUUGAGUAAUGAUGAUAGAGCAGACUAUGAUGACAAGAGAGAUGAAGAGGUGGGCAAGAUAGCAAAGGCUUCAAAGCUCAACGAAGAUGAGAAAGAUGGUGAAUCCUCAGCACAUCUGUCAUCAGCAGAACUUGAAGACCGCAUCCUGAAGAUGAAAGAAACGAGGACAAAGAAGCAAUCAGAAACUGCCUCGGAGAUCUCGUCAUGGGUCAAUAAAAGCCGUAAGCUUGAAAAGGAACGAGUGUUACAACGCUCAAAGAUGUUUGAGGAGCAGGACAACAUUGCUGUAGAGGGAAGUGAAGAUGAGGAUACAGCUCAAGACACUGUUGAUAAUCUUGCGGGGGUGAAAGUUCUUCAUGGCAUUGAGAAAGUUGUGGAAGGUGGGACAGUGGUUCUGACCAUCAAAGAUCAGCCAAUACUAGCAGAUGGUGAUAUUAAUGAAGAUGUUGAUAUGCUUGAGAAUGUGGAGCUUGGAGAGCAAAAGCGACGAGAUGAGGCCUAUAAAGCUGCAAAAAAGAAAACGGGCAUAUAUGAUGAUAAGUUCAAUGAUGAUCCCUCUGUGGAGAAGAAAAUACUUGCCAAAUAUGAUGAUCCAGCUUCAGAAGAAGGUAUAACUUUGGAUGAAAAGGGAAGAUUCUCAGGUGAAGCCGAAAAGAAACUUGAAGAGCUGCGAAGAAGGUUGACAGGUGUUUCAACAAAUACUUUUGAAGAUCUUAAUUCAUCGGGAAAGGUAUCAUCAGAUUACUUUACUCAUGAAGAAAUGCUUCAAUUUAAGAAGCCCAAGAAGAAAAAAUCUUUGCGCAAGAAAGAUAAGCUUGACGUCAAUGCCCUUGAAGCUGAGGCUAUAUCUGCAGGAUUGGGUGUUGGUGAUCUUGGUUCUCGGAAAGAUGCGAGGAGGCAAGCUAUCAAGGCUGAGCAAGAAAGAUUGGAGGCUGAGAUGAGGAAGAAUGCUUAUGAGGCUGCUUAUGCUAAGGCAGAUGAAGCCUCCAAAUUACUUCGUUUAGGACAAACAAACACUAUGAAGACAGAGGAAGAUGAAACUCCAGUUUUUGCUGAUGAUGAUGAAGAUCUUCGCAAAUCCUUAGAAAGAGCAAGAAGACUAGCUGUCAAGAAGCAGGAACAAGGGAUAUUUGGUCCUCAAGCUAUUGCAAAGCUGGCCACAUCAACUCACAAUGAUGAGACUGUAGAUGAUCAAAACCCUGGAGCUGGAGAAUCACGGGAAAACAAGGUGGUCUUCACUGAGAUGGAAGAAUUUGUUGGUCGUCUCCAGAUUGACGAAGAAGCACGUAAGCCAGAAAGCGAGGAUGUUUUCAUGCAUGAUGAUGAAGAUGCAAGUGCAAAUGCAAAUGCAAAUGCUCCUGACGAAGGAAAGACUGAUGGGGCUGGUGGGUGGACUGAAGUUAAAGAAACAAAUGUGGAUGAACAACCUGAUUCAGAAGACAAGGAAGAGGUAGUUCCUGAUGAAACUAUCCAUGAAGUAGCUGUGGGGAAAGGAUUGUCAGGGGCACUGAAACUGCUUAAAGACAGAGGGACACUUAAAGAAAGCAUUGAAUGGGGUGGCAGAAACAUGGACAAGAAGAAAAGCAAAUUGGUUGGGAUCGUAGAUGAUGAAGGAAAGGAAGAACAAAAGAAAAAGGAGAUUCGCAUCGAGAGAACAGAUGAAUUUGGGAGAAUUUUGACUCCAAAGGAAGCCUUUCGGAUGCUUUCUCAUAAAUUUCAUGGUAAAGGACCUGGUAAGAUGAAGCAAGAAAAGCGUAUGAAGCAAUAUCAAGAAGAAUUGAAGAUGAAGCAGAUGAAGAGUUCAGAUACACCCUCACUGUCCGUGGAGAGAAUGAGGGAGACUCAAGCUCGAUUGCAGACUCCUUACCUUGUUCUUAGUGGUCAUGUCAAACCAGGACAAACUAGCGACCCAAAAAGCGGUUUUGCUACAGUUGAGAAGGAUCUUCCUGGGGGCUUGACACCCAUGCUUGGUGAUCGGAAGGUAGAGCACUUCCUGGGAAUUAAGAGGAAAGCUGAGCCAUCAAACUCCGAUACCACCAAAAGGCCCAAGACUUGACUCCUUUUUCAUCUAAUUAUGUUUAUGUUAUGCUAAUACAUGACUGUAUAAUGCCUUCAUCUAUUCUCUUGCUGACAGCAGAGAUGAGCAGCGGAAAUUUCAUCCUGUUUCGGAACUUCACAUUUCGUUGGCAAAUGGCAAAUCAUGAUAUUCUUGCAAGAUGUCCAUUGGUAACUUGAAUGUAAUUAGCUGUCUGAGACUGACGGCUGGGCUUAUGUUUUGUCUCCUAAGAUCCUAGAUUCCUCUCUAAAAAAAAGUUCUAAAAAAGAGGAAGAGUUUGGUUUUAAUCCAAGCUAAAUUUUUGGAUAUCAUCUAUCUUGGGUUGAAACACUUUUUUCAUUCGUUUGUUUCUCGUGUACAUUUUACGAAGUAAUCUAUCUGCAAUCAUGGUAUCGUAGAACUAAUUGUGACAAAUAUUAAUCUGGGUUCCUAAUCCCAUGAAAAUUAUGUCUUAAAUAGAAUGAAUACUACUUUUGAUA